AUGAGACCCGAGGCAGGCGGAGCCCCGGAGGCGCGGGGACGCCUCUGCCACUGUCCGGGAGAUGAUCCUGGGAGGCCACCGCUGCCACGCGGGCCCGAGAGUUCCAUCCCAGCUCCGUGGAGACCGUGGAUGUCGCCUCCUGGAGAUGCAGAGUUGACCAGAACUGAACGUCCGUGUGAGCCUUGGGGGGACCAACAAACCUUGGGAUCAAGGGGAGCCUUUGGAUUCCAGCAUCCUGUCAGACUUUACUUACCCAUUUCAAAGCGUCAAGAAUACCUGCAGAGUUCUGGGGAAAAGGUGCUGGCCAGCUUCCCGGUGCAAGCCACCAUUCAUUUCUACAACGACGACGACUCUGAGUCUGGCUCUGAGGAGCAAGAAGAGGAGGCCCAGCCCAACUCCCUUCAGGGCCUGGAGGCAGACACUGAUUCCACUCAGGAGGGAAGGGCAGGGUAAGGUUGGCAAGCCUGUAGGUCAAAGGAGUGACUUCUGGGAAGGGUCGGCUGCCUGCAAGUGGCCCUGCAGGGGCCGUGAGAGCUCCGGAAAAUGAAGGGAGCCUCUCUCCCAUGCUGGUCACGGUGUCCCAGGACAGCCUUGCCUGCCAGGACUCAGCCUCUUCUCCAGCCUUCUGUGUUGGAAGCUCAGAGGCUGGACAGUGCUCAGCCCCUGCUCAGGCCAGGAGCUCCACUUUUACUCUUAUUUUCUUGUUGUGUGUGUCUGUCUCUGUGACUGACUGUCUGUCUGUGUGUCUGUCUGUCUGUCUGUCUGUGUGUCUGACUGUCUAUGUCUGUGCGUGUCUGUGUGUGUGCGUGUGCCUUUGAGGAAGGGUGCCUGACAAGAAGGUGUUCUCAGGAAGAAGGCCUUCGGAGCUCACAGCCACUCCUCUGUAAGCCCUGCCACCCUUCUCCUGCCCAGAGACCCAUUAUCUACUGAUUCUCUCUUCAUAAAAAUAAUUUAAAUAUUAAUUCCCAGUUUAAGAGUUCAUUUGGUUGCUCAGUAGCUGUUUGGAAAAAUUAUUCUUCUACUUGCAAAACCAAAACAAAAAAUUAAAACACUGAAUAAUUUCCACAGGAAUAAGAAGUAAGAAGGCAUGAUUUCUUUAGGGGCUAAAAUAGCUGUUUCUGAGAAAUGUGUAAGAACUGUGUGUUUAAGUAUAUAUGUUGUAAGGGUUUAAUUUUUAUUACUUGGUGACCAGCAUG